GGAGAUAAUACUUUAUUUAUACCGUAACACUUUAAAGUUCAUCGUUCAUCAGAUGUGUUUAUUGAGUCAAGUGUGCGAAAUUCUGCACUUGAGCUCCACUUGAAAUUGGAUCAGCGAUUAAAAAGCGCCAAUUAACAUGGUUUAUUAUUUGUAUGUAUAUUUUUGUGUAGAAAAAUGACUUAAGGACUUUGCAGUAAUAAAUACACAUACUUAAGUUCAAGCAGCGAAAUUAAAUCUGCAUGAAGAGGCUGCGAACAAACAACACCAACAACAACAAAAAGAGAACACACAAAACAAACACAUAUGCACACAAACCACACACUACACACACAUACACAGUUCACAAACAUUUAGCUGCUUGGCCUCUGCUGCGCUGUGAUUGGCUACAGAUCCGCCAUUUUCUUGAGCAAGUAGCAUAGACGCAUAAGAGCAUGUCUUGUGCGUGUGUGUGUAUAUGCGUAUGUGUGGCUAUGAGGUUGUGUGGGUGUUUGGCCAGCGCCUGCAAAGAUUCAAUUUUCAUUCAGUACGAAAAACGCGCUGACAAAUUGAGGACGCGCUCGAGUGCGCAGCGGAACGGCGCAUCGUUGAAGUUUACACAGCUCAAUAAGGCGAAUACGAUAGCACCCCAACCCCUCGCACCUAAGCAUAAUCGCUGUUGCCCUCCCCCACUCUCUCGCCUCCUCAAGUGUCGUUCGAGUCCAUUCGAGUCAAGUGCAUUUUGGCAAAUUGCUGUAUUUAUUUUAAUUUAAAGUGCGACCCUCUCGAGUGAUUCGAAUUGUGGCAAAGCCAAACAAACAGCAAAGCAAAUAAAUAAAAAUACAAAAUCACAUAUUAAGAAAUGUUGCAACAUCAUCAGCACCAGGCACAGUCCGCCGUCUACUAUGACUACAAUCAAACGCCCAGCCCCAGCAGCCUGACCAAUGCGGAUGCUCUAAACACAACCCCAUUCUCGGUCAAGGAUAUACUGAACAUGGUUAAUCAAACGGAGGCAUACGAUGGCGCCUACGGACAUCUGGAGAGCCAGGCGCAGCUCUCACAGCUUCAACUCCAGCAGCAGCAGCAUCAGCAGCAGCAGCAGCAUCUGCAGUCACAUCUUCUCGAGCCAGAGCAGGAUGCUUUGGCAGCAUCCGCGCUGUCGCCGCUGUUGCCGCCGCCAUCGUCGUCGCACGGCCAUCAUCAGCUCUAUGCCAGCUAUCAUCAGGACUAUGGCAUGCCCAGCCAUAUGCUACAGCAUGCCCACCCACAUCCACAUCCCCAUCCACAUUCACAUCAGAGCUAUCAGUCACCAUACAAUGUGAGCGCCUCUCAGUUCUAUGCCACGCCCACAGCUGGCGGCUAUCAGACCAACUACAACUACAACUACAACGCGUCGGAUGUGUACGCCAGUCCCUCGGCAAUCGUGGCGCCCAGCACAGCAAUCAAAAGCGAGUAUAUACCCACGCCCUAUGUCACGCCCUCGCCCACACUCGAUCUGAACAGCUCGACGGAGGUGGAGUCUCUGGCGCCCAGCCACAAACUGGCCAAUAGCAACGGCAUUGCACAGCGACUGCUCGAGCCAAGGCUCAUGAACGGCACGACGGAGUGCGCCAAGAAAAAGGACAGCCAGGUGACCUCCUCACGCUCCGAGCUGCGCAAGAACAGCAACAACAACAACAACAAUAACAGCAGCAGCAAUACUAACAACAACAACAAUGGCAGCAAUGUCUCUGGGAAGCCUCGCAUGAAACGCAAGCCGCGUGUCCUUUUCUCACAGGCGCAAGUCCUGGAGCUGGAAUGCCGCUUCCGCCUGAAGAAAUAUUUAACUGGAGCAGAGAGAGAGAUAAUUGCACAGAAGCUGAAUCUGUCCGCCACACAGGUGAAAAUCUGGUUCCAGAAUCGUCGUUACAAAUCGAAACGUGGCGAUAUCGACAGCGAAUGCUUCGCCAAGCAGCUCAAGCUCAAGCCGGAACCGUCGCAGUCGCAGUCGCAGUCGCAGUCGCAGUCGACGUCUACAACGCUGCCGCUGCCGCCGCCACCGCUGGCCAAUCACAUGAUGUGGCCACCUACCGGCCAGCAGCUGCAACUGCAGUAGCAACACUAUCAGUAG